GGCGGCGGCGUGGGCUCCGUGGGUCAGGCUACGCUGAGGGCAGCCCAAGCGGGAGGUCCUCGCGGGGCGGAAGCGGGGCUCGGCCGCUGCUGAUGGCGGCGCGGAGGAUGAGAGGCUGAAAAGAUCAAGAGGCAACCUUCAAGAUCUGACAGGGAAAGAGCACAAAACUGCAAUUUUGCAUCAAAGUCCACAGUAACUGAUUGAGAAACAGUUGCAUCACUCGCCUUGCGAUAGCCUGUUGCAAUAAAAGGGCUUUGUAGUGUGUGCCAUCUUCUGCUAAAUCCACACAAGUAAAAAGUGCUGAAGAAGCUGAAACUGAACCUGUGCUGCCAUAGUCUUCAAGAAGGGCGGAAGACAGUUUGAGCCAUGGCGAGCCAGGCGUUUUCCCCAGAGGCUGCUUUCCCUCAUGGGAGGCGGAGGGAGAAAUGGGACCCCAGGCUUCUUUCAAGGGCAAGGAAUUGCUGGCGAAAAAGAGAGAAUGUCUUCAGGCCUACAGCUGGUGGAGAACGCCACAGAAGAAACGGAAGAAAAAGAACAAAAUAAAGCCAGGAAGAAUAGAGUUUGUCCCUAGUAGUACUGCAGCCAGACCAGAUUAUUCAAUAUUUGUUGGGGAGCUUACUCCAGAAGUGGAUGAUUUCCAGCUCUAUGACUAUUUCCUAAAGAGGUACCCCUCAUGCAUUGACUGCAAAAUAGCAACAGAUCUGCUGGGAUACUCCAGAGGGUAUGCCUUUGUCAGAUUUGGUGAGCAAGGUGAUCAGAUGAGGGCACUGCAAGACUGCCAGAAUGCACCAGGUCUGGGGGGAAAACGAAUCCGGCUGAGCAUAGGAAUUUCUAAAAGACUGAAAGCAGAAUUCCAGCGGUACCAGUCAUACAACUACAAUGACUAUUACCAAGAUUAUCAGAACUACUACUCGCAGUGGAAUUAUGAUCCUUAUGCUGACUACAACUACAGCUCCUAUACUCCCUAUGAUAACAUGCAAGCUGUUGGAGACUGCUCUUUAGGAGAUACUCUUAUGGCUCCAGCUGUUUUUGAGGAAACUUCAGCUAUGACUGAAAUCAAUGAUGACCUAAUAACUGAAGAUCCACAACUUUACUUGGAUGUUGAUGAAAUGAACAGACAAUUUAUGGAGACAAGUGAAGAACUCUAUGAUUCCCUCAUGAAUUGUCACUGGCAGCCUCUGGAUACGGUCACUUCUGACAUCCCCUCUGCUAUUUAAGUGUCUUAUAUAGCAUGACCGUAACGACCAAGGGAUGCUCUUGGACCAACAGCUUCUUUCUAGCGCUACCUCAAAGUAACUUGCAGAUAUAACUCACAGGGAAGAUUGAUCAAAUGGUGAUGAUCCCUAUCAUUCUGCUGGAGAUUAUACAUAUUUGCCUUUUGUUUUGUCUUACCUCUAAUAACAUAUAUUUAAGUUCAGUGACUCAUGUCAAUAGACAUUGUUUGACUACAUCAAAUAUUUCUGAGUCAUGAGUGUCAUUAAAGGCAUGUCACUGUAUGGAAAUUGUUCUAAAUAAGUAAAAUGGAAGUAAAAUAAGUAAAUAAAGCAGCACUUGAAUUUACA